CAGAUGGGCAAAGCACCGGGUUUAAACCCGGUGCUUUGGUAAAAACCCAAUAAACACCCAUAAACUCCCAUAAUCACCCAAAAAAAUAGGUUUUUACGUAUUUUUUUGAAAAUAUGUAAGUAAUACCAAUAAAUUAUUUUUAUAAAUUGUAUUGAUCAAUUCUACAAUAUUAAAUAAAACGUUAACUAAUAAUAUUUCAGGAAAUUUUAAAAAUCUAUAUAUAAUAAAAUGAAAGUAAUUAAUUUUCAGUGUUUUCAUGUUGCAGUUGAUCAACAUGUUGGCCUUUUGCUUCCCGUAGAUACUUUAAAAUUUCUUCAUAACACCUCGUUCGCACACAUGGCCGUAUAUAUUUAAAUUCUUGAGCCACUAACAGUCCGAAAUACUCAUUUCUUUUAUCCUCUUCUCCAUAAAUUAAGCAUUUAGAACAGUUUGUUUCUUCUUUCAGUAAAUUUUCUUUUACUUUAUCCUCGUUUUUUUCUUUGUUGCGACGACGCUGGGUAAAUCAUCUGGACACUGGGUCUCACUAUCGCCAAAUAUAUUUGGAGAUCGGCUUCGGCUACGGCUUGGCAGACAUUUUUUUCUUUCUACAAUUUUAAAUUAAAUUUAUUAGAAUAAAUGCUUCGAACACACGCGAUCUAAGUACCUUUUGUGUUUAUUAUACCUUACCUACCUAGGUAUAAAAAGAGUACUUACGUAGAUUUUCUUUUAUUAACUGUUUUAUACGAAGAUCUUGAUCUCUCAAAUUAGCAUCCAUUUUACUUCCAGUGAUUAUCAACUAAAUUAAUAAUCCACAAAGUAUUAAAUAACGUUUUUAUGAAAUAUUUAGCACAAAAACAAUACCCUUUAAAUAUCGAUCGUCAGUAACUGUGGCUGACUUACCUAUAUUCUAGCAAGCAGGACUGCCAGAUGUGAAGGGGAAAUCCCCAAUAAAUUGUUGCAUGUGACUGAUGAUGUGAGCAUGUUCGUUUCAUAAUAAAAAUGUUGCCAGGUAACCAAAAAGUCGUAUGUUUUUGUGCGAAUUACGAUCAUAAUCUUUACGAUCGUACAUUAAAAAAUAGACAAAUAAUAGUAUGAGUACGAUUUAAAUCGUAUAUCUGUCAACCCUGCUAGCAAGACAGCGACAAAAUCACGUUGCAUAACAAUGUAGCCCAAGCUUAUAUCUUAUGAAAUAUACGGAAGAGAUACGGACUUAGAAAAAACAGAAAUGUUGUUCUUUGUGGAAGUCAUUGAUGAAAUUCUAUGUAUUUUAGCCCGCAAACUUUCUUCAAACAAAAACAGCGCCAUCUAGUAUCGAGUUCUGUAAUUAUCUCUUUGUUUAUGGAUUUGAAGUAAGACCGCCACGCAUGCAAUACAUUAUGACUGGGGAUUCCCCUAUUCGUCGACGCUGAAUAUGAGGCGACGACAAUCACUGUCAAACGUGUUCACUAUUACUCUGACUCUGGUAACGUGACUUCCUGGUAACGUGUUAGGUAGGAAAAGCAGUAAAAAAGUGCAUAUUAAGGGAGCAGAUUUGAAAUAAUAUUUAUACUUAACAAGAAAUAAUUAAAGGUUCAAUGGGGAGACCUAAAGAUUUACGCAUAUGGGAGCACUACCGUACUUUACCAAACAAGUCUGUUUCUUGCAAGCUUUGUAAUAAGGUCUACAAAUUCAGUAAUGCUGCCAAAAUGCUUCAACAUCUUAUCACUUGUCCAAAAUCUCCAGAAACAUUAAAAGACUCUAUGAAACUUAUAAAAGAUAGCUCGUCCAAAACCAAAAUGUCUGGACUGUCAGAGAUAGAGACAAAUGAUUCUUUUAUAAGCCCCUCGUCGUCUGCUAACACUACAAUAAAUGCUGAGUUUCAAGACACCGAUGAUCAUAUAAAAACAGAAUUAGCGAGAGCUAUAUUUGUAACAGGGACGCCAUUAUCGAUGGUGCAACAUCCUUUAUGGAUACAAUUUUUCGAAAAAUUGCAACCAAAAUUUAAAAUACCUUCACGUAAAGCUUUAGCGACAAAAUACUUAGAUAAAAUAUAUAGAGAAAUGCGUUUUGAGUUAAAUGAGGAACUAAAUGCUUGUAGUUACUUACACCUUCAGUGCGAUGGCUGGUCUAAUUUAAGAAAUGAAGGAAUAAUAAACUUUCUUAUAUCAAAACCUCAACCUGCAUACGUUAAAAGUUUGAAUACAGAAAGUAAUCCUCACACUAGUGAAUACCUUAGCCAAGAAGUUGAAAAAGUAAUGAAAGUGUAUGGAGCAAAUAAGUUUCUUGUACUUAUUGGCGAUAACGCUAGAAAUAUACAAAAGGCAUUCGAAUUAACAAAACUCAAAUAUCCACAUGUUGUUCCUCUCGGUUGCUGUGCACAUAUCCUUAACUUGUUGUGCCAAGAUAUUGUAAAGAUACAAGAAGUAACUGUGUUUAUUAUGCAAGCCAUAAAUAUAAUAAAAACUGUUAAAAGGAGUCAACGAUUAAGUUCCUUGUUGAUAAAAUCAAGGCAGGGUGAAGAUUCUACACAAACACUAAAAUUGCCUUGUGCUACAAGAUGGGGAAGUCAUGUUACUUCGUUAAAAAGUUUGAAAGCAAAUAAGAUAGCUUUGCAAAUAUUAACAGUUAGAGAAGAUGUGGUAAUUUCAAGAGAUAUUAAAGAUUUAAUUCUAAGUGAUGAUUUCUGGACGAAGACAGGGGAAUGUAUAAGUAUUUUGGAACCAGUCACUGAAAGCAUAUUUUACUUAGAGAGCGACCAGAAUCGUUUGCAUCGCACAUACAUUACAUUUAGAGAUGUACAAGCUAAGAUACGUUUUGCAUUAAAUGAGAUUUCGACAUUGAGCGAAGAAAGCAAACAGCAGAUUCUAACAUCAGUAUCUUCAAGAUGCAAUAUGGCAAUGAGGCCAAUACAUUUUGCAGCAUAUAUUCUAGACCCCAGGACUCUAGGAGUCGAACUUACUCAAGAGGAAGAACUUAAGGGUAUGGAGUUUAUCUACAAUUUAAGCCAACACUUAAGUUUGUCAAAUGUAAUGGCAGAUUUGGCGUGUUAUAAAGCUAAAGAAAACUUUUGGGCCAGAGGAUUUGUAUGGAGCUCAUUAGAUAGCAUUGAGCCCCUAAUAUGGUGGAAAGGUAUUUGUGGUUCCACUGAGUUAAGCAAAGUAGCGAUUCGUAUUCUAUCAGCUCCCUGUACUUCGGCAGCCACUGAGCGUUCCUUUAGUAUCCAAGGCUACAUACAUAAUAACAAAAGAAAUCGACUUACAACUGAAAGAACUGAAAAAAUUUCAUUCAUUUGUUAUAACUGGAAUCUUAAACAUAAAGCUGAAUGCGAGGACAUUCAGUUUAAUGAAGAAAAUACCUUAGAAGCUUUCAUUGAGCAAGUAAAUGAACAUAACAGUUUAGACGAAAUAGAGCCUAUCGAACCUAUACAAUUCAUCGCUUGUAAUAACUCUGAAUCUGACAGUGAUUGACUGUAGUUUUACAUUUUACUUUCAUCUCUUUCUUAAUAAACUCAAAAUCAAAUUAAAAGUUUUUUAUUCUGUAGGCUGCAUAAUAAUAUUGUCUAUGUCCAGUAUAGUGGACGUCUUGCGGCUGAGAUGACGAUGAUGAAGUACAAAAUCAUAAACACCCAAAAAUUUGGGUGUUUAUGGGGUUUAAACCCAAUAAACCCAAAACACCCGGUUUUUACCCACCAGACUUUAAACCCACCCAGGUGGAUUGCCCAUCUC